AUGCAACCCCCCGAUGCCGCCCAGUCUUUGCAAUGGGCAGCUUGGUUGGCACUACUAGGUCUCCAAAUUGCACAAACAGCAUUAUGGGCCCUUCCGGCAGCCGACAGCACCAAGGCAUCGGUUCCAGCCAAUGUGAUCUUGACAAUCGGCAUACUUGCUCUCGUUCUGCUUUCAUAUGCAGAGCACAUGCGCUCUGCGCGACCCUCCUUCAUUUUGAAUACCUAUCUCUUCUGCAGCUUGCUUUUCGAUAUCGCACGAUCUAGAACUCUGUGGCUGCGCAGUGUGGACACAUUCAAUAAUAUCCUGGCAAUUAUUGCUACAGUAGCAGUGGGUGUCAAAGUGCUUCUUUUUGUGCUUGAGGCUGUGGAGAAGAGACACAUUCUCAAAUCGGAAUACACCGGGUAUCCUCCAGAAGCCACUGCAGGUUUCUAUAACCGUGCUGUGUUCUGGUGGUUGAACCCACUGUUCAAGAUCGGUUUCACCGGCGUCCUGCGUGUCGAGGACCUAUUUUCAUUGGACAAAGAACUGAGCUCUGAGCGCCUGCUCGCUCUGUUUGAUGAGAAAUGGAGCAAAUUGACAACUAAAUCCCCGAACACCCUGCAAUGGGAGUCAUUAAAGGCUGUCAAAUGGCCUCUGCUUGCAGGUGUCCCCGCCAGAGCUUGCGUUGUGGCCUUCAACUUCUGUCAACCUUUGCUUCUAGAAAGAUCGCUCUCUUUCUUCAACUCGCCCGUCAACAAGAGUACCGAGAGCAUCGGGUACGGACUUAUUGGCGCCUAUAUCAUGGUUUACGGUGGACUGGCAGUUUCAAUGGGCCAGUACCAGCACCUCACGUACCGCGGGAUUACCAUGGUCCGUGGUGUCCUCGUCACAAUGCUAUACAAGAAAGCCAGCUGUCUGAGCCUCGGGGAGACUGACCCGGCCAACUCUCUGACUUUGAUGAGCGCAGAUGUCGAACGCAUUACUCAGGGAUGGGCGACCAUCCAUGAGAUCUGGGCGAACUCGGUUGAGAUCGCUUUGGCUAUCUACCUUCUCAAGAUUCAGCUUGGAGUUUCCUGUGUUGUUCCUGUCUGCGUCGCUCUGUUUGCUUUGGUUGGAUCCCUGGUCGGCAUGUCCUUUGUGGUCGCACGACAAGCCAAGUGGCUCGAAGCUAUCGAGAAGCGCAUUUCCUCUACUUCCGGGAUGCUUGGGUCGAUCAAAGGAGUCAAGAUGCUUGGCUUGCAGAAUUCCUUUAUGAAGUUCAUUCAUGGUCUCCGGAUCAGCGAGCUGGAUAUCUCCAAGAAGUUCCGUACCCUUCUGGUUUACAACAUGGCUUUUGGCUGGUUGACUCGCAUUUUUGCCCCGAUCUUCACCUUCGGUGUUUAUGUCGGUAUCUCAAGUGAUCCUUUGAGCGUCUCUCGCGCUUUCACUUCUCUGUCUCUGUUCUCGCUUCUUGCCGAUCCUCUUUUGACCUUGGUGAUGGCACUCAUGUCUUUCGCUGGUGCUGUCGGAUCUUUCCAGCGUAUUCAACAGUUCUUGGACAAAGAGGACCAUGUCGAUAGCAGGAAUAGCUCCUCACAGACUACUUUCCUCCAUGACCUUGCUGAGAAGCGUGCUCUGUCGGAGGCUAAGGACCUUGACCUGUCUUCCAUCGGCUCAGACUCUGUUGAGUCGCUCAAGCGCUCCAGUGCUCCUCCUUCUUCAAAUGCUGUCGUUGUCCAAAGUGGAAACUUUGGGUGGGAAGCUGACAAGGAUCCAAUUCUCACGGAUAUUAACAUAACCAUCCCUCUAGGCAGCUUUACCGUCCUCAUUGGACCGUCUGGCUGUGGCAAGUCUACUUUACUCAAGGCUCUCCUCGGAGAAAUCCCCUGUUCCGAUGGCAAGGUUGCACUCGCAUCUUCCAGCGUCGCAUACUGUGAUCAAACCCCAUGGCACAUGAAUGGCACUAUCAAAGACAGCAUUGUCGCGAUGUCUGACUAUGAUCCUCAAUGGUAUGCCUCUGUGAUUUGGGCUUGCGCUCUGGAAGAAGACCUCACCCAGUUCCCUCGUGGGGAUGCUGCUGUCAUCGGAAGCAAAGGUAUUGCUCUUAGCGGUGGUCAAAGCCAACGUAUUGCACUUGCGCGAGCAGUCUAUGCCCGGAGAAAGAUCAUGAUCCUCGAUGAUGCCCUCAGCGGUCUGGAUGCUACCACCGAAAACCACAUCUUCCACAGCCUUUUCGGGCCUAGAGGACUCCUAAAAGAGAUUGAAGCUUCCGUUAUCGUCGCUUCAUCUUCUGUCAAGCGCCUUCCCUACUCUGAUCACAUCGUUGUCUUGGAGGCAGGUGGUCGGAUUUGUGAACAGGGAAGCUUUGCUUCUCUGAGCAAGACUGGUGGAUAUGUGGCAAGCUUUGGACUCGGGUUGCCCGAUUGGGAGCAGAACCCUAAACGAUUCUCCGACUCUCACAGUUACAGCAGCAGUAUGGACAGUAUCCAGAAAGAAAAGGAGACAUUGAUCGAGGAGCCAGAGAAUCACGAUAGUGGUGGCGACCUCGGAAUCUAUACAUACUACAUCAAUGCCAUCGGAUGGGUUCCUGCGAUUGUCUUCAUGGUCGCAAUGGCCGGUUUCGUGUUCUGCAUCUCAUUCCCCAGCAUCUGGGUAAAAUGGUGGGCUCAGUCCGACACUGCACACCCCAAGCAGGAGAUCGGCUACUAUCUUGGUAUCUACGUGAUGCUUGGUUGUAUUGCUAUGCUCGCGCUGAUCCUCGGCUGCUGGCAAAUGAUUAUCACCAUGGUCCCAAAGUCUGGUGAGAGCUUCCACCGCAGCCUGCUGACUACUGUCCUCGCCGCUCCGAUGCUGUUCUUUUCCACUACCGACAGCGGUUCAAUCCUCAACAGGUUCAGUCAAGACUUGCAACUCAUCGACAUGGAGCUUCCUAUCGCCGCGAUCAACACUGUUGCUACUUUCUUCCUCUGUCUGGCACAAAUGGCUCUCAUUGGAGUCUCCUCUAAAUACGCAGCUAUAUCCUUCCCGAUUGUCCUCGGUAUCUUGUUCCUGAUUCAGAAGAUGUACCUGCGCACCUCCCGCCAGCUCCGUUACUUGGAUAUCGAGGCGAAGGCCCCCCUAUACUCGCACUUCACCGACUGUCUUCAAGGGCUUGUGACCCUGCGCGCCUUCGGAUGGCAACAUGCUAUGGAAAAGAAGAACAUCGCUCUCCUGGACCACUCACAACGACCAUUCUAUUUCAUGUUCGCCAUCCAGCGCUGGCUCACCCUGUCGCUGGACAUGGUUGUGGCAGGAAUCGCCGUUCUUCUGAUUGUGCUAGUCGUGGCCCUACGUGGAUCAACCCUCAGUGCAGGCUACGUGGGUGUCGCCCUGCUGAACGUCAUCCAGUUCAGUCAGAGCAUCAAGCUUCUGGUUACCUUCUGGACCAACUUGGAGACGCACAUUGGUUCUAUUCAGCGCAUUAAGGACUUUACGUCAACUGUUGAGUCGGAAGACAAGCCUGGUGAAGACCAAGAUGUGCCCCCUAACUGGCCCUCAAAGGGUGCGGUCGCCUUCCACUCCGUCUCCGCGGCUUACAGACCCUCCGAGCCAGUUCUCAACGAUGUCUCUCUCACUGUUCAGGCAGGCGAGAAAGUCGGCAUCUGCGGACGCACCGGAAGUGGAAAAACGUCCAUGAUCAUGAGCAUCUUCCGAAUGAUGGAACUAACCAGCGGCAUCAUCACGGUGGACGGAGUGGACAUCAGUCGACUCCCGCGCCGAGAGAUCCGCUCGCGCAUCAAUGGCGUAUCUCAAGACUCCCUCCUUUUCAAAGGCAGCGUCCGAUUGAACGCCGAUCCAACAGGCAACCACACUGAUCGAGACAUCUUGGCAGCACUCAAAAGCGUCCAGCUCCUCCCUGCAAUCCAAGAAAAGGGGAAUCUAGACACCGAUGUGGACGAGAUCCACCUGUCUCACGGCCAAAAACAACUCUUCUGCCUUGCUCGCGCCCUUCUUCGCCCCGGCAACAUCCUCAUUUUGGAUGAAGCAACUAGCAACAUCGAUACCAAAACAGAUGAAAUCAUGCAGCGCGUUAUUAGGGAGAAAUUCUGUAAUCACACCAUCAUCGCCGUCGCCCACAAACUUGACACCAUUCUCGACUUCGACCGUAUCGUCGUCUUGGACGCUGGUCGCAUUGUUGAGAAUGGGGAACCCUAUGCGCUUCUCACUGAGCCCAAGUCUCACUUUAGCAAACUUUAUGCGAGUGCCAUGGCGACGGAGGAAUCAGAUUGA